AUGAGCAGAAAAAACCCGAAGGUCUUUCUUGACUUCAAAAUCGGCACUGCCACGGCGGGCAGGGUCAUCUUCGAGCUGUUUGCUGACAUCACUCCCCUCACCGCCGAGAACUUCAGGGGCCUCUGUGCCGGCGACUAUGGCACCAUUGGCCCCUACAAGCUGUGCUACUCAGGCACUCGCGUCCACAAGGUUGUUGACCACUCCCUCAUCCAGUGCGGCGACGUCACCCUCCAGAACGGCAACGGUGGCUACUCCAUCUACGGGCGCACCUUCCCCGACUAGAACUUUACCCGUCGGCAUUCAUGUGCAGGGCUCCUGACCAUGGCCAACCGGGGCCGGGACACCAACAACUCCCAGUUCUACAUAACGUUGAAGGCGACACCCCAGUUGGAUGACCGCAGUGUUGUGUUCGGACAGGUCAUCGAGGGCAUGCCUGUGGUCCGGCAGAUCGCCCGGUCGAGCCUCGACCUGGCCGACUGCCCCCGCAUUCCGGUGCUGAUCUUCGACUCCGGCGAGAUCGACGACAUCAAGGCGUUCAUGAAAUACGACCCCUUCUGCAAACAGACUUUCGACGAGAUUGCUGCCAAAAAGAAGGAACUCGCCUCUCGGCUCCCGCAUGAGCACAAGGCCCCGCAGCAGGCCUCCAGCGUGUUCAACGGGGACAGCUUCUACAACGCCUACCUGAAGAGGACCCAGCACCUGAAAGUGGACCAGGAUGCCCUGGCGGCCCUCAAAGAGGACCCGAACUGCGAGUUGCCUGAAGAUGAGCUCAGGAAGGAACGGCUUGCGGAGCACAUCAGGCAGCAGGAGGAGGACAAGAAGAAGUUCAAGCGCCGCAGACACUACAACGAGGACGACGAGGAGACCGGAGUGAACGCCCGCAACAGGGUCUUCAACCGCAAGCUGGACCGCUACUUCGCAAGGCACGUGGCUGAGACCGCAGCCAAGCUAGAAAUCGCCCCUCGCAAGGGAUGA